GCAGAGAAAGUUGGGUUUUCCGUGGGGCAGCCAUGGGGUCUGGAGAGAUCCUGCCCGUGCCUUUCCUACUGAUGGUGCUUGUGGAUCCCUCCAUGGUCCACGGAAUGGAAGGAAGAACCCAGCCCCCAGCCCCCCAUUUCCUGCACCAGGCGAAGUCCGAGUGCCGCUUCGCCAACGGGACAGCCGGGGAGGUGGUCUUCCUGUACAGGGAGUUCUACGACCGGCAGGAGUUCCUGCGCUUCGACAGCCGCCGCGGGACCUUCGAGGCCGUCUCGGAGCUGGGGGCGCCCGACGCCCGGGACUUCAACAGAGACAAGGACUACCUGGAGUACACGCGGGCCGCCGUGGACCGCUUCUGCCGCCGCAACUUCGCCAUCGACGAGGAGGAGGGCACCGUCGCCAGGCAGACUCAGCCCACAGUGAAAAUUUCCCACACCAAGGGAGACCCCCGGGCCCACCACAACCUCCUCAUCUGCACCGCGGCCGGUUAUUAUCCCUCAGAAGUGACCAUCAGGUGGCUAAAGAACGGGCAGGAGCAGACAGAAGGGGUGGGAUACGCAGAUGAGCUCCAGAACGGAGACUGGACCUUCCACAACCAGGCAAUGCUGGAGACGGUGCCUGAGGAGGGAGACGUCUACGCCUGCCAGGUGGAGCACAGCAGCCUGCCGGAGCCCAUCACCGUCCUGUGGGAGCCCAAGAUGUCAAACUCUUCCAAGAACAAAAUUUGGGCCGGAGCCUUGGUGGCCUUGCUAGGGGUGGUCUUUGGGGCCGUGUCAGUCGCCCUCUACCUGAGGAAUAGGAGAGCAUCUCUCAACGCACCUGCGGCAGGGCUCAUCGGUUAGGCCUGACGGCUCCAGCUCUGACAUCUGAGAAAUCAUUUUCUUCAGCAAACAAGAUUUUCAUACAGCUCUACCGAUCUCCCUCCCCUGAACACAAACACACACACACAGGUCGUACUUUGACUGAAUGAUGCUGAAACCGCUGAGACUGCUAGAAAGCUCGCGAUUUGGCGAGAACUGCUAACAAUUGCUGCUUUAAAAAGGCUACAAAAAUGGCAUUUAUUACUCUUUGUUGAUGACUUUAACUGGAGAGACUGUUUCCCUGUGGGAUUUUGUCUAAUUAAAAACACUUUAUAGAGAGUUGUCUGUGCAAAUUU